AUGCAGGUUUUGACUGUCGUGAAUCCACAGCCAUUAUCUACUCCAAGCUGGAAGAUUGAGAGCAACUACUCAACCAGAGUGCUCACUGGGAACUGGGCGGAGGAGAGGAGGAAGUUCACCAGAGCCACUGAGACAACACCCCAGACUGUUUACAGGAAAGAGUAUGUCCCCUUCCCUGGCCACAGACCCGACCAGAUCUCCAGGUGGUAUGGGAAGAGAAGAGUGGAGGGGCUCCCGUACAAACACCUGAUCACCCACCACCAGGAGCCCCCACACCACCAUCUGAUCAGCACCUAUGACGACCACUACAACCGGCACAAUUACCACCCGGGCCUGCCCCCGCACCGCAGCUGGGGCAGACAUAAGUUGCUGUGGCUUCCAGAGAAAGCCGACAUCCCCCUUCUGGCGCCCCCUACAAACUAUGGACUCUAUGAACAGCUGAAGCAGCGGUGGCUCCCCCCCAAGGCCGGCCUGGGACAAAGCGUGUACACCGUGUCCUACCCGAGACCACCCCUGUGCACUCUGUCUGGGCGGGAGCACGCCAUCCCCGUCCCUCCCCCUCGCCUGCAGCCUGUCCCACGAUUCUGA